AACUUCCUAAAUCACCGUUAUAUUUUAUUACAUCACAUUUACUUGUAACUAUUUUUAGGUCUUUGGGAUCACAUCUAAUUUUUGUUACAAUUAAUUUUUGUAUUGAAAAAUAAAUAGGAUAUCUAUAAGUUAAGUUAGGAAGCUUUAAUUAGUAUAUUUUUACAUACAGAGACAGAUUCUGAUUCAGAGAUGGCCUGUUUGGUUGUAUUGUAACCCGGGGAGGACAACAUGACGAGGUAAGCAAAAUUUUCAGGAGAAAAAAGAUGAUAGGAUCGGCUUUGGGGUGGCUGAUCCUGUUUUGGGGAGUGGAUCAAUGUCUUUCCCAAACAAAGCUACUGACCUACAAUGCUGGACUACUGCAGACCAUUCCGAAUAAACAGGAGAGGGGAGACUACAUUUUGGCUAAUCUAAGGGCUACUGAUCCGGAUAUUGUGUGUCUACAGGAGGUUUGGCUGGCUAGGGACGCUGACAUGAUAUCAUCAGGCAAUGUUUUGACCUACCCCUUCUCCUUCAGCGCCAGUCACGGGCAGGGGGAGACCCUCAUCGACUCCCUCCCUCCGUGUGCCAACGUCUCUCUGGCAGGGGUCAUGUUUAAGAUACUGGCUAACGGCUGUACAAGAAAGAACACUUCAGAUGAAAAAGCCCAGUGUGUUUUAGAGAAAACGGGGGUCAUGAAUCUGCCCCAGAUCUGUAUAUCAUGUCUAGCCAUAUCAGCCACGGGCGGCUUUAGUCCCAAACGGAUACUGAAGGAUUGUGUACUAACUUCCCAAGGGGAGGUAAAUCUCCCUGGGCUACUAGUUCUCAGCAAACGACCUUUGAUCAACCCCGUUGUGAAAUAUUUCUUGCCAGUUACAAGGACAACUGUUCGAAGGGGAUAUAUACAUUUUCAGGAUGAGGAGGUUGGGGACAUAGCGUGCACCCACCUGACACCUGACUUAGGACCAAACUAUGUGGAACCAAACCUAUCAGGAAUAUUUUCAAAUUAUGCUGAUCAGCAACUUUACGAAAUUAUCACCAUGGUAACCGAUUUGUCGUCUGCAUCACGUGUUGUCAUAAUGGGGGAUCUCAACUGUGGACCAAGUCUGCCUGGGAGGAAUAUCCAAGAGGAAUUUGAAACAUCAUACUAUCAUUUUAUCAUGUCCGGGUACAAUAACCCCUAUAUAAAGAAAGUUGGGCUAUGUACGUACUGCCGAGGAAAUCCUUUGACGCUCGCCCAAAACGAAUUGACAUCGAGCCCACCAGAAAACACCAUUCUGGACCACAUUCUAGUUCGAGGAGUCCAUGUUUCUUUCACACAGCGAGUCUUCACGGAAAAUGUACCUGGGUUGUUAAUCCCACCAUCGGAUCAUUAUGGCGUCCAGUCAACUGUUGUCAAUAAAAACAGCAAUUUUCAGGUGGAUGUUGAUUUCAAUUACGCUUUAAUGCCAUGGUUAGGAUGGAUUAUGUAAUUUCAAAAGAAAAUAAGAAUAAAUUACACGUACAUUGGAGAC